AAUCGUCCAAUGACGUUGAAGAUAGUUAUAUACUGCGCAUAACCUUUAUGCUGCUUUAUGCAUCCCAGUGUCCAUUCUAUGUGAUCCUAUUUUGCAUUGAAUUAAAAUUAGUCGAACAUUAAUAACCCAGUAAAGAAGGAAACACGAAUUCAGUAUUUCAAGAAAUUUAUUAAUCUUUCUUCAAAUAUAUCAAAAUGAAACUGUCACCGAAUGAUGAAUUACAUUGUACAAAUGUUGAAAAACAAGAAUACAAUUCUUCUGCUUUUUCAAAUAAAAUGAAAGCAUUGGUAGAUCAAUUAUCUAUUGCGGAAAAAGAAUAUAACAGACGUAGAGGAGAUUUAGCUUCUGAUCAUAUGGAAGUAAAUAUAGAAUCUAGAGAAAUUUGUAGGUUACAGCCAAUAAAAAAUGAUAAAAAAAGAACAUAUGAAACACAAAAAUUUCGAGGAAGACAAAGUAUUUUCAAGCGACUAGAAGAACCUGCUCCACGUUCUAUUUAUAGAAGUAUACCAGAUUAUCAUAGAAAUCCUCAUAAAUGGACUAAAUACAAUUUGGAUGAUGUAUCUAAUGAAGAUAUGACAGAUCGUAGUAAUACCCGUGCAGCAUUAUCAUUUUUAAGAGAAUUGAAAGCACGUAAAAUGCAAGAGAGAAAAUUGAAAAAUAAAAUGGAUAUUGAUGAAACAAUUUCAGAUGCAAAUGAUAGUAAUGUAUCAUUUAAAUCAAAACAAGUUCAAUCAACUUCUAAAGUAGAAUUUAAAAAGCCAAAACCCAGAUCAAUUAAAUCAGAAAAUUCAUCGACCGUAAUUGUAAAUCCAGAAGAUAAACCAACAUUUAGAAAUUGUAAAGUUAUCAUGCCGGAAUAUGUAGUUGGACAGAAACAGAUAAAGAAAGCCAAGAAGAAUAGAAUUCCACAAAACAUUUGUCCUUCAACAAAAAUUAAGUUAGAUCAUUUGCAAGAAUUAGAUUAAGACAUGAGAAUGAAAUAAUACUUUCUUAAUAUAAGUCCAUCAUAAAUUAUGUAUUAUAUAAUAUGUAGAAGUAUGUGCUAUCGUUUGUUAUAAUUAUAAUUACAUUUGUAAAAAUUUCGGAAUUAUACCUAAAAAUUAAA